AUGAAUUUAAGAAUGCGAAAAAGAAGUGCAGUAACAAUUACUAAAGCGCCAAAAAAGGUCUCAAAGAAAAAAGGUUGUAAAAUAAUUGAUGUUAAUAAUGUCGAUAACGUUAAUAAUAAUACUGUUGACGACAACAAUGGCAACAAUAUUAAUAAAAUAUUAACACCCACACCCGAUUUAUCAUCAGAAUCUACAUCCAUAUUAACGCUAGCAUCGUCAACACUCGAUUUAUCCACAUCAAAUUUAUCCACACCUACAUCUAUGCCAACAUCAGCCAAUUCACCAGCAACUUCAGAAUUAACAUAUAUAUAUAUGUCCAUACUAGCAUACAACUCAAACAAAUUUGCAUCAUUUUCAUCGGAAAUAUUUGUAAAAAUAUGCGAGGAUUUGCCGCCUCUAGAUAUUUUCGCAUUGUCAAGAGUUUGCAAACUGUUUCGUCAAUAUUUGUGCACAUCCGAUUCAUUAAUAUCACAAAUCAUUUGGCGAAAAACAAGACUCCGGUUUCUAAUCUACCCGCGGCUACCACCACCGCAAGGAAUGAGCGAAUUACGAUAUAUUCGACUAGCUGUUUUUGAUAAAAGAUGUGAAUUCUGCGGUUUGAAGCGUUACCAAAAUAACAAGGCAACAUUGUAUUGGGAAUUCCAAGUUAGAUGUUGCGACAAAUGCCUAUUCGAAAGAACAAAAACAUUCGAAGAAAUUGAAAAAGAAAAGAUACUUCCAACAAAUUUACUCGACAAUUUAUCAUGCCUAUGGAUUCGAGGUGGAUUGUUUCUAAUACCUGUACACAGAUAUUAUUGGAUACCUCAUAUUGUUUUAAUCAUCAAUGAAUACACUGAAAUAAUCAAGAAUAAUAAUUAUUAUGAUUUGGAAAUUUGGUUAAGAAAUAAAAUAGAUCAACAAAGGCAAUUUUUAGCCGAAGUAUCAAUUCGUUAUGAAGAACAUAGAUUAUAUUCACAUCAAUAA